AUGAUUUGAAACACAUAUAACAUGAAAGUUUUUUAUGAUUUUAUCAUAUUACAUUUUAUCAUAUUACAUUACGGAACACGUAACCUUAAACCGCUGAAGAUUAAUUUAUCUUUUUUUAUAACAGGAAAACUUACUUUUUGUUGAUACUUUUGCUAAUUAAUAUGACUACGACAAAGAUUGAAUUUGCAGUAAACAUGACUUGUCAAAAAUGUGUUGAUUUAAUACGCGAUACAUUAACCAGUAUAGAUGGAAUUGAAAAUAUUGACAUAUCAUUAGAAAAUAAUAAUGUUAUUGUUGAAACAAAUUUACCAUAUUCUAUAAUUCAAGAAAAAAUUGAACAGUCUGGAAAAAAAGCUGUUUUAAAAGGAUAUGGAGAUACUUCUAGUGCUGUUACAAUGUUAGGAGGAAAUUCAGGAUAUACUGUAAAUAAUAAAAUAAUGGGGGUAAUAAGAUUUGCACAAACUCCUGAUGGUUGUCUUAUAGAUGGAACAAUUGAUGGUUUAACACCUGGUGAACAUGGUAUACACAUUCAUGAAUGUGGUGAUAUUUCUCAAGGUUGUGAUAGUGUUGGAGAACAUUUUAAUCCAAAUAAUACAAUACAUGGUGGUCCUAAAGAUGACAUAUUUAAACGAGUAAAUAUUAUAAUUUAUCAUGUUGGAGAUUUAGGAAAUAUAAUGGUUAAUGAUUUUGGUAGAGCUACUUUUAGAAUGAUAGAUAAAGUUAUAGAAAUAGCUGAUAUUAUUGGAAGAUCUUUAGUUAUAACAGAAAAACCAGAUGAUUUGGGAAGAGGAACUAAUCCAGAAUCUAAAAUAGAUGGAAAUAGUGGAAAUAAAUUGGCUUGUGGUAUUAUUGCUCGUUCAUCUGGUUUAUUUCAAAAUACAAAAAAAAUCUGUGCUUGUGAUGGACUUACAUUAUGGGAUGAAAGGGAUAAAACUUUUAUAAAUGAUUAUUCUAAAUCAAGUAACAAUUCAAAAUUAUAAAUAAUACAUA